GUUGAGAAUUCCAAAUUGAAGGAUAAUAAUCCUUUCGUGGAGAGAGCAGAUCAGGCUCUGGGCAUUUUUAUAAACAGAAUAGCGAGGCCUUGGCUCUAUCCGUCGACAAUUUUCAAACUCACCCAACAAGGAAGAGAUUUCUAUCAAAUAAGCAGCCAGACGCAUGCAUUUGUCAAUAAUGUAAUUAAAUCAGAGAUAGUGAUUUUAUUUUGGAUUUGAUGAAUUCGUUUUUCAGUUGAUUGAGACGAAAAGGAGUGCAUACAAAGCAUCGCAUGAAAAAAUUAUGAGUCCAGUGUUGGAUUCUCUUAUUGAUCAUGUGAUUAAAACAGGUGCAUGGAGUGAGCCUGAAGUGCGAGAUGAGAUUAUUACGACAUUUGUUGGGUUGAAUGACACAAUCGGAGGACUUUUGUGCUUCGUAACACUGAUGCUGGCAAUGCAUCCUGAGGUUCAAGAGAAAGCGAGAGGUGAAGUUAAAGAGGUUGUAGGUGAUGAGGAAGUGACCACCGAGGCUAUUUGCCAGUUGGUUUACAUCGACAUGAUUGUUCGAGAGACUAUAAGAUUGUUCCCCGUGGGUCCUCUACUUCCUCGGAUAUCGACAGAACCAAUAGAGCUCACGAGCUGCACUGUUCCAGAGGGUUGUUCUCUGUACAUGGUGCCCUUCGCCACCCACAGGGACCCCCGCUACUGGAACAAACCCGAGGAAUUCAUCCCCGAACGUUUUACCCCGGAGAACUCAAAAAAUCGUCACCCAUUCGCCUAUCUACCCUUCAGCAGCGGCUUCAGAAGCUGUCCCGGAUCAAAGUACGGCACGAUGUGUCUCAAAGUUUUCGUUGCACAUGUUGUUCGAUCAUAUCACCUCGAGUCAAACAUGAAACUCGAUCAGCUGCAGUUGCAUACGCACAUAUCGACCAGGAGCUCCGACGGAUAUAAAUUAUCUAUCAAAAAAACUAACAAUUGAUUCAAAUAUCGAUCACGAUGAGGUUUAAUUACUAGAAUUGUUCCUUUUUUUUAUAAAAAUUGUGUAAUAAAA